UGCCCGAUCCCCUCUCUCGCUGGCUGGGCUUCGGCGGUGACGUGACCCGUGUGGUGGCCGGGCUCCGGGUUUCAUCAGCGGCCCCUCUUUCUCCCUCCCCUCGGUUAUCCCCGUCGCAGGCCGCCGCAGCUGGCCUGAGCGGCGACCUGGCGGGCGGCGCCUGCGCUCUGCCUCGUUUCCUGCCUGGCUGGUGGCGGCGGCCAUUUUGUUCAUCCUCCUCCUCCUCCUGCUCCUCCUGGUUGGAGCGCAGUGUCCGGAGCGGGCUGGGGGGAGAGAGCCCAGGAGCCGGGUUCGGUGCCUUUUCCUCUGUCCCCAGCCGGUGCCCGGAGCCCCCCUCCCCUUCCUCCCCACCCCCUCCCCUCCCCAGCCCUGCCCUCCCCCUUGUCCCGGGAUCGCUCCGUCGCACCCACCAUGAUGGAAGACGACGGGCAGCCCCGGACUCUGCACAUUAGCAAGGAGCUGGAUCGGAAGUGGAGCAGCUGGGACUCGAACUGGCAUCCAUAUGGGAUGCUGGCGCUGCAGGCAGAGGCUUAACCCGCUGCGCCACAGUGCCGGCCUGAGAUGAUGUACUAGAUACGUAGGUAAUCUCUCCAGAGAUGUGACAGAAGUCCUUAUACUUCAGUUGUUCAGUCAAAUUGGACCCUGUAAAAGCUGUAAAAUGAUCACAGAGCAACCCGAUAGCAGAAGGGUCAACUCUUCUGUUGGAUUUUCUGUUUUGCAGCAUACAAGCAAUGACCCAUAUUGCUUUGUGGAAUUUUAUGAACACAGAGAUGCAGCUGCUGCAUUAGCUGCUAUGAAUGGGAGAAAAAUUUUGGGAAAGGAGGUCAAAGUAAACUGGGCAACAACACCAAGUAGCCAGAAAAAAGAUACCUCCAAUCAUUUCCACGUGUUUGUUGGAGAUUUGAGUCCAGAAAUUACAACAGAAGAUAUCAAAUCAGCAUUUGCCCCCUUUGGUAAAAUAUCGGAUGCCCGGGUAGUUAAAGACAUGGCAACGGGAAAAUCCAAAGGCUAUGGUUUUGUAUCUUUUUAUAAUAAACUGGAUGCAGAAAAUGCUAUUGUGCAUAUGGGAGGUCAGUGGUUGGGUGGUCGUCAAAUCAGAACGAACUGGGCCACACGUAAACCACCUGCACCUAAAAGUACACAAGAAAAUAACACUAAGCAGUUGAGAUUUGAAGAUGUAGUAAACCAGUCAAGUCCAAAAAAUUGUACUGUGUACUGUGGAGGAAUUGCUUCUGGGUUAACAGAUCAGCUUAUGAGACAGACAUUUUCUCCAUUUGGGCAAAUUAUGGAAAUAAGAGUUUUUCCAGAGAAGGGUUAUUCGUUUGUCAGAUUUUCCACCCAUGAAAGUGCAGCGCAUGCCAUUGUUUCAGUGAAUGGUACUACGAUUGAAGGACAUGUGGUUAAAUGCUAUUGGGGUAAAGAAUCUCCUGAUAUGACUAAAAACUUCCAACAGGUCGACUAUAGUCAGUGGGGCCAAUGGAGCCAAGUGUAUGGAAACCCACAACAGUAUGGACAGUAUAUGGCAAAUGGGUGGCAAGUACCGCCGUACGGAGUAUAUGGGCAACCAUGGAAUCAACAAGGAUUCGGAGUAGAUCAAUCACCUUCUGCUGCUUGGAUGGGUGGAUUCGGUGCUCAGCCUCCCCAAGGACAAGCUCCUCCCCCUGUAAUACCUCCUCCUAACCAAGCUGGAUACGGUAUGGCAAGUUACCAAACACAGUGAGCUGGGACUCUAAGCAAAAUUGUAAUUCAUGAUAGGCUUCGAUUUCCUGUGACACUCUGAAGACAUGAAAGUAGACAUCGGAAAAUGAAAAUAUUUAUUUUAAAAAUUGAAAUGUUUGGAACAUUUAGCACAGCUUUGCUUUGGUGAAGGACACAUGUCUUCUAGUUCUGCCUUUUUAAGUUUUUGUUCAUGAUGGAUAUGAACAUGAUUUUUCUUUGUGUACAAAAACUAAAAUAAAGUCAAUAAAGACAAUUCUGACUACAAAUUUUGAUAUGAUAGGAGAAAUGAGUAAUACAUUUUGAUUCUUAGAUACUAUUCCAUUUUUAUCUUGCUGUUCAGUAUUUUAACUCACUGUGUUUUUAAAAGAGCAAAAAAGGGAGGAUCGUGAAAACCUGGGAAUCACAUAUAAGUUCAUCUUGAAACCUGAUACUCCCCUCCCCUCCCCUGAGGUGGACCACAUUUGAAGUCAGCAGAGAAAAGUGUGAUAUUCGGAAGAAAUGCAUGAUUUUGGAGUCGCUUUGGAGGAAAUACUUACUUUCUCUAUGCCUAAAGAAACUGAAGCCAGACUGAAAAUUUGCAACCUAAAUAAGGAACAGCAUUGUCUUGAGUUACUUGAGGAAAUAUUGGUGGUCCACAUUAAGACAUAUUUUUAAAACUUCAAAAGUGUCGGUUCAUAAAACUGUAGUAUACUACAUUUCAUUUUGGGGGGAAAUUCCAAGUAUGGUGUUUGUAUUACAGUCAGACAGUCAUACUUGUGCUUUUACAUGAAGUUUAAAUGAUAUACAUUGUAAAUAUUGAAUAACUACAGUGUUUAAAAAGCAUGCUUCAACAUAGAAGUAGCAGCAAUGUAAUUAUUUGGAGUAACACUUAACAUACUCCACUGCAUUGGAUGCAGUGGGUCGAUAAGAAUGUUUUUAGACUGACGUUUCCAAGGUUGGCUACUAUGUAAAAUUAAAGUUACACAAAUUGCUACACAGAAAAAGCCUUAAUUUUAAUUUCAUAAAAAUCUUUGAUGCAUUAGUACAUUCUAAAAUGUCAUUGAAAAUUAAUUUUUUUCUUAUUUUUUGCUUCACAUUAUUUGGUAUGUAAAUACCUUAAUUAAAACCUUGUAAACCAAUUUCAAGGUUCCUAUAAGUUGUAUAGUUACAAGUGUUUUUUAAAAAUCUUGGGGUGUUUUUAAAAAUUAGAUAUAUUUUGCCCAAGAAUUUUUUAACAAGAUUGCUAAAACAUCUUAUUUAGACAGUUCGAUGUACCAAUUUAUAAUUGGAUAUUCAGUUUAAAUAGUACACAGAGUUGUGACUUUUAUUUUUAAGUUUUUUUCCUUGUGGGUAGUAUGCAUGGGAUGACAAGCCUGAGCAGAGGCUUGAGUUGUGUGUGUGCAGAGUUUGUAAAAGUCAAUUGGGAAGGGUGAACUUUGCUUCCCAGAUACUUUUCAGGCUGUGUGGGUAAAGUCUGCCUCAAAUUUCUAUAACACAGGAAUGUAAAAUAGCUACAACACUAUGUAUCUGAAUUGUGACAGCUAGGGGGUGCAAAUGUUUUGGCAAUGUAUUGGAAAUGUUGGCCUGGGCACCAAAAUGAGAAAGUUCUUUCCCCUGAAGUAGUGAAAUGCACGUGGCACCCACAAGUUACUACUCAUGAAACAUUUCAAGUCUUAAAAUUGAGCUUUAAAAUAAUGAUGGUUUUAUAAAUUGGUGACCAUAAUGACUUGGGUAUUACUUUGCCUCUUUCCCCACUUAGAAAUCUAGCCAAAUGUAUUCAACAUAAAAAUUAAGAGUCUGGAGUUUUUCCUCAUGGGCCAGGUUUUUUAUGGCUCCUUAGAUUUAACCACUGUAGUCUCUGAUUACAUGUGUCUCUUAUGAAAUCUACCCUUAUUUCUUUUGUUCAAUGUCUUUGGGAGAUGUUUUUGGAAAAGUUAUUUUAUAUUUUAUAGGGAGAACACUUAAGAAAUUAAUUAUGCCCCAGAGUUAAAAAUUUCUUGAAUGUAUGUGAAACUUGAACAACUAAAGAUUUUUUUUGAUUGAUAGAUAAGGGCCUAUUGAAUUCUCAGUUUGCUUUUUAUGGUCUGCCCAUAAAUUAAGUAGCUUAUUGAGAGAACUAACAGCUGACUGUAGCUGUAGUAUUUCCUGGUUGUGUAUUCUAUGAUUUAAUAAAAUGAUCCAGACUAGUUAUAUUGCCAUAGUAAACAUAUGACUGAAGUGUCCUUUUGUCUUAAUCUGAAAGCGAAAAAGAUCUCAUGAUCAGUUAAUGGAAGUUAUUUCAUGCUAAAUGGUUUUAAACUAUAAAGUUACUUAUCCAAAUGAAAUGCACUAUUUAAAAAAUAUGACUGUCAAGCUAACAGAGACUCAACACUUCUAUAACACAGAGUGGAGUGAGUGCUACCUUGAUCCAAUUGAAGCCCAAGAAUUGUUGCCUUUUCUUUCCCAUGUUCCUUAGAAACAGCAGCAGAGAUUCUUAGGCAUGUAAGGAAAUGUGUGUUACGGAUUUCUUUGGUUGAUGUGUUUCUGACCGCUAUCUUUGCCCCAAUCAUCUAACUAGUAUUUUCCCCCAUGCCAUUCCCACUUGAUUUUAUGUCUGCUGGCAGUGAGAGGCUAAAAUGACUGGCCAACUGAAGCCAAAGCUGUAAACCACAGUUGAAGUAAGUCUUUUCAAUAAAGACUAGACAAUAUAA